CAAAGGUGAUGGCGGCGGCGGUGGCGGCGGCAGCAGAGGCGGGCGAAGCCACCACUGAGACUCCGCGCAAGCUCGCCGACAAGCGGCGGCCCAAGAAGGAGAAUGCGCGCGAGAAGCAGCGGCGCGAGAUGGAGGAGGACGCGCUGCUGCAGGAUCGGAUCCGCGAGGUGGAGGAGGAGAAGCUGCGGCAGCGCAUCGAGGAUGCGGCAGCGGCAAAGGAGAAGGAUCAGCUGGCGGAGGCCAAGGAGAAGGCUCGGCUCGCGGCGAACACGACCAAGCUCACCAAGGUGGCCGCCUCGCCGCCGCCGCAGCCGGGGCCGCGGCAGCCAGUCAUGGCGGAGCCUUGCUUCACCCACGCGCCUCCCGGGCUCGUCAGACAGAGCGAGGUCUUCGAGGAGGCGCUGCAAGAGACUCCCAUGGCGCCACGUGAGCCGUUCCCGCACGGCUUCCAGCCGGGCUUCCUUCUCCCUCGCCGCCGUGAGCCCGUCGACGACGAGAGUCCCGGGCCUCGGCUCGGUCCACAUUCAUUCUUCACAUCCGCCCGCCUCCGCCUUAAAGCCCGCUCGCCAUCCUCGCCAUCCUCGCUUGCCUUUGGCACGUAUGACAUGAGGCGCUCGUUCUCGUACGAGUCGGCCGUCACCGAGGCGAAUGUUGCGACACUGCAUGGGAUACUGCCGCAGCUCGUCCGCUCCUCGUGCGAGGCGCUGCUCAAAAGGCACGGCACCGUGACGCGAGCAGUAAACGCAGUGUGGGAGGAGGAACACGUGUCUGACUCGGACGACCUGCCGGACUUGGUCGAGCCCGAUGAGGCGCCGCACGCGGGCCGGACCUCGGGCGCGGCCUCCUCCAAGCCCUCGACGACGCGCGAUAAGUCGGACGCAGUCGCGUUUAAGAUCGGGCUGGCAGCGGGCACAGUGUCCGAGGUGGCGGAGAAGGUGUGCCCCAUGCUCGAAGUCGACCGCACGGUGGUGCUCGGCCUCGCUGCGCAGAUUGACGCGUGCUACGAAAAAAUCUUUGUGCGGAGUGUGGGGCCCGCGCCGGCAGCCACCACGCCCCUCACCGAGAAGGCGAAAGGCAAGCAGCGCGCCCGGGACCAGUGAGGCGACCGCACGCCGGUGCGCGCGCAUGCGCCGCUUCCUCCUGCCGCCACGCCCGGUUGCGCGCGUGGGGGGAAGGGUGGGCGCUGGCGAAGGGGGCGAGCGCGCAUAGAUGCCGUGUCAUAAUGUACACAUGGUCAGGCCUCGCUGCUGCUAGUUGGGCGAGGCUGGCCAUGAUGAUGGCGACAUGGGGCCUGCACUGCACAUGCGUCAUGUGCCGAUCUGUGUCGUGGCCUAACUAGCCGGCGCCGCCCCUCUUGCUCGCUACAAGUUGAGGUGCCGCAACGCACACACACACACAACGCACGCACGCACAGCGCCUACCUACUAGCGGCGGCGUGUGGAGCUGGUAUCUGGUAAAUUCGAUCAUU